AUGGGCAUCAGCAGAGUUCCCGUGGUCAGCAUCGUCGCAUGCCUGCUCCCUGAGUACGGGAUCGGCUACCAGGGCCAGCUACCGUGGCGCCUGGCGCGUGAGAUGAAGUACUUCCGGCAGGCGACCACCGCGACCUUCGACCCUACAAAACGCAACGCCGUGGUGAUGGGCAGGAAGACAUGGGAGUCCAUCCCCGCACGCUGGCGGCCCCUGCCGGGGCGGCUCAACGUGGUCGUGUCGCGCACAUACACGUCGCCGUGGGCACACGACGAGAACGGUCACGUGAUCACAAGCAACUCGCUGCAGCAGUGCGUGCGCCAGCUGCAGGAGCAGGCCCGCGCGCUGGGCGUCGAGCGCAUCUACAUCAUGGGCGGCGCUGAGAUCUACAACCAGUCCUACGACCUCUGCGAUCAUCUGCUGGUCACCGAGCUGCAGGUAGCACCGGACGGCCCCGCCGUGCUUCUGGACACCUUCCUCGCCCGCGACGUGCUGGAACAGUCGUUCGCCAAAAACAGUGCGGGGCCGCGCGCCCUGCUGCCCCCGUCUGUCGAGUUGCCAGAGUGCCCCGCAACGGCCCUCGAGGAGGGAGGGUUUCAAUUCAGGUUCGCGCUAUACGACCAUUUAAAUCGUGACUAG